GCGUAAACCCUCAGAAACCCUAAUCAUACAGAAGCAAUCGCCUCUUCACCGCUCCUUUGAUUACUCUUUCUACCCUCAUCCGAACAGCAAUGGCGACCCCCUCGUUGGACGAAGAAGCCGCUCAGAAAGUGAUACGACAAGUUGAGUUCUACUUCAGUGACAGCAACCUUCCCAGGGACAAUUUUCUCAAAAAAUGUAUAGGCGAAAGUGAAGAUGGCAUGGUUAGUUUGGCUUUGAUUUGUUCUUUUACUCGGAUGAGAAAACAUCUUAAUCUGGACGAUGUAAAGCCGGAUGAAGUCCCCGGAGAUACUGUGAAAGCUGUUGCUGAAACUUUGAGGAAAUCAGAAUCACUUAAGAUCUCCGAGGAUGGGAAAAAAGUUGGCCGGACAACCGAACUUCUGAAACCAGAAGAGGUAAUUGAGCAGGUGGACAUCAGAACAAUAGCUGCAUCACCAUUUGAAUAUGAUGUGAAGCGAGAAGAUAUAGAGGCAUUCUUUGGUCAAUCUGCCAAGGUUAAUAGCGUCAGGCUUCCUCGUCAUGUUGGUGACAAAAGGUUCUUCUGUGGCACUGCUCUUAUUGAGUUUGCAGCAGAACAAGAUGUCGGGAAAGUUCUGGGCCAAAAAUUGGUCUAUGCAGGAGCUGAGUUAGAGUUGAAGUUAAAGAAAGACUUCGAUGCAGAGAGAGAAAAGGAAUUAGAAGAGUAUGAAAAAUCUGGUGCACAUAUGGGUUCAAAUCACCAGAAUAACCCAAAUGCUGAUGGAGGCUACCCCAAGGGCUUAAUUAUUUCCUUCAAGCUCAAGCGCAUUUCAGAUGAUGUUCCUCUGGGACAAAAUGGUGCUCAUCAAGGAGCCAAUGGCAACAGUAGUGUCUCUGACAAAGAUGAACAAAAUCCCUCAGAAGGUGUUGUUGAGGUUAAUGAACAAAAAGUGUCAGAUGAUAUGGGCAAUGAUAAAGAACACCAAGAGGUCAGUGAAGGAAAUGAAGCUAAAGGUGAAGAAAAGAUUCAAGAAAGUGAAGUAAAAGUUCCGGCCACUGCUUACAAGGACAACAUGGAUGUUGUGCUACGUGAGGAUUUGAAGGGUGUCUUUGAGAAGUUUGGUUCUGUGAAGUACGUUGAUUUCAAGAUUGGAGCAGAUUCAGGAUACAUCCGGUUUGAAGAACCUGAAGCUGCUCAAAAAGCUCGUGCAGCUGCAGUUCUUGCUGAUAGGGGGGGUUUGGUUGUGAAGAAUUUUAUUGCUACUCUAGACCCAGUGUCUGGCGAUGCUGAAAGGGAAUACUGGAGCCUUCUCCGUGGUAAUCAAAAAGAGCACCGAGACAAUAAGAACACCCGAGGAAGGGGAGGAGGAAGGCACGGUAGAGCGGGGAAACACGCCCGUUCUAGAGAUAAGGAAUCCGCAAUGGGUCGCCCAAAUAAAGCGCAGAGAGUUAGGGCCGCCUAAACUUCGUACUAUUUAAGAUGUCGUUUUAAUUUGCCUGGUUGCUUGAUGUAUUUCCCUGUAUUUAACUGUUAGUUUUACUACGUUAAUUUAGCUCCCAGUUGCAAUUUUGCCGUGCAAUUUUAUUAUAUGCGGACCGUACCUUUUCUUAGAUUUUCUUUAAUAUUCAAUUAGAGAUGUUUUUUAAAUUUGGUA